GAGCGGGGCCGCAGGGUGGGGUGUUCCCCGCCGCCGGCGCCGGUCCCCGCGGGCGCGGGGUGACAGCAGCGCCCGCCGCGGAUGCGCUCGGAUCCCGCCGCAGCCUCCGCGCCCGCCCUGGGUGGAGCGGCCGCCUUUGUGGAGCCAGGACCUGCUCUCCUUUCUCCUUCCAGCAGAAGAGGAGCUAGCGUGGAGAUUAAAAAAAAAAAACAAACCAAACCAAAAAAACAAACCAAAACCACCAAAAAUCCACAAGGCUCGAAUUAAUGUUUGAGAAGUUCGGGUUCGGGAGAGUCUGGAAUUUUGGCUUCUUGGAGAAACAGUAGAAAAUGCAAAACGAAAUAAUAAAGCCUGCUAAAUACUUCUCGGAAGUGGAGAAGAGUGUGCUGCUUGCAUUAGUUGAAAAAUACAAAUAUGUGCUUGAAUGUAAAAAAAGUGAUGCAAGAACUAUUGCUCUGAAACAACGUACCUGGCAAGCACUAGCUCAUGAAUAUAAUUCACAGCCCAGUGUAUCACUGCGAGACUUCAAACAGUUAAAGAAAUGCUGGGAAAAUAUCAAGGCACGGACAAAAAAGAUAAUGGCACAUGAAAGGCGGGAGAAGGUAAAAAGAAGUAUUAGUCCACUUAUAAAUACUCACAUCGUGGGGAAAGAGAAGAUUGCCAGCAUAAUGCCUGAGCAAAUGUACUUUUUGCAGAGCCCACCAGAAGAAGAUUCUGAAUAUCAGCCUGAUGCUUCUAGUCAAGAGUCAUUUGUUGUCUCAAACAGAGAACUUUGUGAUGAAGACAAAGAGCUGGUGCAUUUUCCAGUAUGUGAAGGUACCUCCCAACCUGAGCCUUCGUGUUCUGAUGUCAGAAUAGCAGCAGAUAAGAACUACAGAAGUAAAGCAUCUCAGGAAAGUGCUCUGAAAAAGAUGCAUGAGGAAGAACAUCAUCAGCAAAUGUCAAUUUUGCAACUGCAGUUAAUCCAAAUGAAUGAAGUUCAUGUGGCAAAAAUACAGCAAAUAGAAAGAGAGUGUGAGAUGGCUGAAGAAGAACACAGGAUUAAAAUGGAAGUUCUAAAUAAAAAGAAAAUGUAUUGGGAGAGAAAACUGCAGACCAUCACAAAAGAAUGGCCUGUAUCAUCCUAUAACAGACCCUUUCCUAAUUCACCUUAGAUCAUAAAGAGCCGGAGAGUCAGUCUGAUUCACACGUUUAUGAGUAACGCGCACUGGAAAGAAGGUUUUUUAAUGUGAAUGUACAGUGACAGGGUAGAUGCCUGGCUGAUAGUGAACACACUAUGGCUCUUAAUGUUUAGAGAAACAGUGGUAUAGUCCACCAAGGGGAAAACUGUAUUGUUCAUUUAUAGGUAGUUCUGAUCUGUUUAACUCAGACAUGCACAGUGUUCUAAAAUGUGAACAUAUUUCCCCCCCCUCAGAACGCCCUUGUGAAAUAUAAGGUACUCCAGGUAUUGUUACAUUGGGUGUUCUUAAGAAAACUUAAGCUUUAAACAUCAGGCUGUAGUGUUUAUGUUGAUUUCUAAUAAUCUCUAAUAAACUCUCUCAAUAAAAGAGAGUUGCUCUCUCUUAUUGAGGCAGAACAUGACUGACAGGUAUCAGUUGGAUCGUUAUGUUGGGGCUUAGGAAAAAAUAAACUUGUCUCUAGUUAAUAUAGUCCGUAACUUAUUCUUCAUAGAAGAUGUGAAAAUUGAGGAAGUAGCAAAAAGACCACUGUAGUAACUGAGCCUUUUCCUUCUGAAGAACAGUAGUGUUUCCCAUCUGGCUGGCUGAUUGAGAGAGUGGUUGUGGACUGGUCUUCUGGUUUUUUUAAGCCUUGACCCUUAAGAAGUUAAAAAGAAGGUGAAUACUUUCUCAAAAGCCAUUAUGCUUGUUCCUUCUUUCCCAGGCCCAUCUUGUAUUGAAGUAGAAUACAAAAAUAGGAGGGUUAAAUGGUGCUGCCAGUACUGUGUGCUGUUCACCUGGAGUCAUUCUUAGAGGAAGAGCUUUUUAACAAUUCGUAAAGCUCUUAAAAUGCAGUGAGCUAGCCAGCCCAUAGGCAGUCUCCCUCUAUCUUCCUAUGAAAUACUUGAUGGUGUAGCAGCUAGCUUGAGUAUCUCAAUCUCUCCUUAGCUAGAAGACUUAAAAUUCACCCUCUUUUCCUUCACAUAGGGUGGGAAGCAGUUCAAGGGAAUCAUUCCUGUCCUGAAGCACUGUUCUGUUUUGUUCUGUCCUGUGCAUUAUAGUGGUGUGUUUCUUGCAUUGACUGUCAGUGCGGGGUGAUGGACAUGAUUUGUAUGAAGCAUUCACAUGAAGGUACCCACAGAGUUUGGGUGUCCAGAACAGUAAAUAGUAGGAAAGCACAAAUAAAGAUAAUCCUUACCCAGGCAAUCAUUUAUUCUAGUGGGGCAAGGGUUAAGAGAAUGUGAAAUGCAGAACCCCGCAAAGCUUCAUAAGACCUUCUGAUGUGUGAAAACCUGUUUUACAGGAAGGUGUACAACCAUCAUUUGAAGCAGUGAGAAAAAUUAACAAAACCAUAAAUUUUCAUUGAAAAAAUCUGAGUAUCAUGUUAUUCAAUAAAGUAUUUUCAGAUCAUGAUUCAUAAGGGCAAGUCCAUACUGUGAGCAAUGUAUUUAAAUUAAAGUAUGUUACAAAGCAUACAUUCCCAGUUACA